UUUUGUCUCUGUCCUAGACUAAAUACAUCGUCUCACUCCGCCAUAUUCGUCAAAGUGAGACAGACUGAAUGAAAAUAAUAAUUUUGAGUGUAAAAAAGAAAUAAUUGUGGAUAAAAUAAUUAUUUGUAUUGUACAUAUUAACUUCUUAAAAUGUUCGAUCCAAAUAAUAUAAACAAUCAACAACAACAACAAACCACACAAAUUCAGUAUCAAACCGAACAAAAACAAGAUGUAAAACCGGUCCAACAAGAUGGUCAACAAAAAACCGAAUUUCCAAGUUUCUGUUAUGCGAAUGUGAAUAUGAUCCAUAAAAUAACACCUAAUACUCAAACACAUAAUACGGCAAGUACUGUAAAUAUGGCACAAUUAACUGAUGAUAAAUGUUACAUCACACAACCCCAAUUCAGUUACAAUUACGCUUUGGUAAAUCAAAUGCAAUUGGCUGCAACGCAGAACACGAUUUCGAAUAUAACAUUUAAAUGUGAUAUUUGUGGUCUAAUGUUUGGACAUUUAAGUUUAUUAAAUCAUCAUAAACGUAUACAUAACACAAGCGGGGAUCAAAAUCAAAAUCCUCAACAAAUUACGGUACAAGUACAAGCGGCUGGACAACAGACACAACCACAAGCAGCACAAAUACAAAUUGUAGCAACGGAACGUAUACGAUUUUCAUGUGACGAGUGUGGGAUGGCUGUGUCUACACAGGCUGAGUUAAAAACACAUAAAAAUCAAAUGCAUCCUGGUAGUGCUGUGGCAAAAAAUUUAAAGACUUGUGAUAGUUGUGGUAUACAAGUACAGUGUGAUGGAAAUACUGGAAAGGGGAAGAAAAAACAGCCAUUUAGAUGUGAAAAUUGUUCGGGUGCUGAAAAUUUACAAGACAAUGGCCAACAAGGUCAAACUAUACAAGUAGUAACUGCUCAAGGCACCACACAACCUGGAACAAUUUAUGUAGUAGCAACAGAGGGUGCAGAUAAUAAUGGUACUGUUAAAUUUGAACAAGUGGACAAUCAAGUACAGGUAACGCAAACAACACAAAAUAAUGCACAGCCAUCAAAUAUAGGAACACAAAAUUCAAUUCCAAUUGGUGUGAAAACAGCUGCAAAUAAUACAACAACAACGCAACCCGGACAUCAUCCUGUAAAAAGACGCGGUAUUGCCAGUGUCACUAAAUGUAAUAAAUGCAAUGGCUCGGGAAUUAUUUUUAUAGGUGGAAAUAAACGUAAUCAAGAUGACAGAGAUAAACCAUUUCAUUGUAACAUAUGUAAUGGAUCAUUUAGUCGUUAUUCAAGUUUAUGGUCACAUAAACGUUUACAUUCUGGUGAAAAGAACUUCAAAUGUAAUAUUUGUAGUUUGGCAUUUGCAAAGGCAGCUUAUUUGAAAAAUCAUUCCAGAAUACAUACAGGUGAAAAACCAUAUCGAUGUAAUGUAUGUGGAAUGCAAUUUUCACAAAGCCCACAUUUAAAGAAUCAUGAACGAAUUCAUAGCGGUGAACGGCCUUAUAUAUGUGAAGUGUGCGACAAAUCAUUUGCACGACAUUCAACAUUAUGGAAUCAUCGACGUAUUCAUACUGGUGAAAAACCCUACAGAUGUGAAAUUUGUGGAUCAUGUUUCAAUCAGGCAACGCACUUAAAGAAUCACGCAAAAGUACAUUCUGGUGAGAAACCAUUUAAAUGUGACAUUUGUUCUGUAGGAUUUUCUGAUAGAUUUGCAUUAAAACGCCAUCGAAACAUACAUGAAAAAUAUGGUAGAACAAAACCGAAUAGUGCAAGUGCAAAUCAAGGAAAUGUUGUUAAUAAUGAUCAACAGAGUCAACAAAAUCAGCAACAACAACAACAACAACAACAACAACAGCAGCAGCAGCAGCAGCAAAUGACAACAGAAGCUGAAAUGGGUUUGCAAAUGUAGGAAUAUUAUUAAAUUCAAAGGAGCAAUAAUUGCUUCAACGGAACUGAAGACUUCGAUACAAAAGAAUUUUAAAAAUAAAAUUUUGUAUAGAUAGUGUACUAAUUAAUUAUAAUCUCUCGUAUAAAUAAAUAAAAAUUAAAACUCAAAUUCGCAUACUUAUACUCUGAAAUAUACCGAAUGUAUACUUUGAUAUUUCAAGAAUCGAUGAAUAUGUUUUAUUUUCUCAAAAUGAUAACGACGAAAAAACUUUUAAGUAAUUACACUUGACAUAUC